AAGCCUCAGCGAAGAGGAAGAAGACUGUGAGACGUGACGGUGAUAACGUCCACUAUUAUUAAAGUGUCAGGUCGAGGAGCGAACCGUCUCCUGAGCAGGUCGGUGUGUGAGCAGUCAACACCUGAAGGAAACACCGGAGCAGCUGGUAAAGUGCUGACACAGCGAGCAGUUUGAGAAACAGAGCUACAAAACAGCUUGUUGUCAAGUCUGCGCCUGCUUUAGCAUCCAGUGACGCCCCUUUAUUAGCACAGAGAGCUAACAUAGCGCCAAUUAACGCUACUAACAUUAAGUCGCUGUCACGUUAGUAACUAGCUAGAUAUUUGACCAGCCGAGGGGCCAGGAUGCAAGAGGAUUACCUGUGAAGAAAGACCUUCAUCCACGUGCCAUGUCUUUGGUUUUCUCCCGACCCAACACUAACACAGUCCACGGCAAGAAGGAUAAGAGACUGAUGGCGGAAGUGAAUGCAUCUCCACUCAAGCAUUUUGUCACAGCGAAGAAGAAGAUCAACGGGAUCUUUGAACAGUUGGGGGCCUACAUCAAGGAGAGCACAUCCUUUCUAGAUGACACUUACAAAAAUGAAGAACUGGACCCGGUCACCACGGAGGAGCAGGUUCAGGAGGUCCGAGGUUACCUGGCCAAGGUGUCGGGGAUUGGGGAAGUGCUUGCCCGCAGGCAUAUGAAGGUGGUCUUCUUUGGGAGGACCAGCAAUGGGAAGAGCUCAGUGAUCAAUGCUAUGCUGUGUGACAAGGUGCUGCCGUCUGGAAUAGGACACACCACCAACUGCUUCCUGAGGGUGGAGGGAACAGAUGGCAAUGAGGCCUUCCUCCUCACUGAAGGCUCUGAGGAAAGGAAGAGCAUAAAGACGGUGAACCAGCUGGCCCACGCUCUCCACCAGGAUGAGGACCUGGAUGCUGGCAGUUUGGUCUGUGUCAUGUGGCCUAAAGCCAAGUGUGCUCUGCUUAGGGAUGAUCUGGUGUUGGUGGACAGCCCAGGUAUCGAUGUGACCACAGAACUGGACAGCUGGAUCGACAACUUUUGCCUGGAUGCUGAUGUAUUUGUUCUGGUGGCAAACUCUGAGUCCACACUGAUGCAGACGGAGAAGUCCUUCUUUCACAAGGUCAAUGAGCGGCUCUCCAGUCCCAACAUUUUCAUCCUCAACAACCGCUGGGAUGCUUCAGCCUCAGAACCUGAAUACAUGGAGGAGGUUCGCAGGCAGCACAUGGACCGCUGCACCAACUUCCUGGUGGAGGAACUGGGCGUGGUGGACCGAGGCCAGGCCAGUGACCGCAUCUUCUUUGUCUCUGCCAAGGAGGUCCUUCAGGCCCGUGUGCAGAAGGCUCAGGGAAUGCCUGAAGCAGGUGGAGCUCUUGCAGAGGGAUUUCAAGCCAGAAUGUUUGAGUUCCAGAACUUUGAGCGGCGAUUUGAGGAGUGUAUCUCACAGUCAGCGGUGAAGACAAAGUUUGAGCAGCACACAGUGAGGGCCAAGCAGAUCUCUGAAGCCCUGCGCCGCAUCAUGGAUUCUGUUCACAUUGCUGCACAAGAGCAGAGGGUCUACUGCCUUGAGACCAAAGAGGACCGUCAGGACCGAUUGGAGUUUAUAGACAAGCAGUUGGACUUGUUGACCAUGGACUGUAAGGCCAAAAUCAAGAAGAUUACUGAGGAGGUGGAGAGACAGGUGUCCAACGCUAUGUCGGAGGAAAUCAGGAAGCUCAGUGUGCUGGUGGAUGACUUCCACAUUGACUUCCACCCAUCACAAGUGGUGCUCAAGGUCUACAAGAACGAGCUCCACCGGCACAUAGAGGAGGGUCUGGGCAAGAACAUGUCAGAGAGGUGCUCCACCUCCAUCACCAGCUCCCUGCAGGCCACACAGACCGACAUGAUCGAGGGACUGAAGCCUCUGCUGCCCAACCCCGUGAGAGAGCAGGUAGACAAGCUGGUUCCUCGUCAGUGCUUCAGCCUCAGCUAUGACCUGGCCUGUGACAAGCUCUGCAGUGACUUUCAGGAGGACAUUAGCUUCCACUUCUCUCUGGGCUGGACCAUGCUGGUCAACCGCUUCCUGGGGCCCAAGAACACCCGGCGGGCCCUCAUGGGCUACAAUGACCAGGUCCCGAGGCCCAUGGCCCUGACUCCAGUCAGCACCAGCAUGCCUCCUUUUCCACAAAGCUCCAUGACCCAGGAGGAGCUUAUGGUCUCCAUGGUGACUGGCCUUGCCUCCCUUACCUCCCGUACAUCCAUGGGUGUCCUUGUGGUCGGUGGUGUGAUCUGGAAGGCGGUUGGCUGGCGGCUGAUUGCCCUGUCAGUGGGUCUCUACGGACUCCUCUACAUCUAUGAGCGGCUCACCUGGACCACCAAGGCCAAGGAGAGAGCCUUCAAGAGGCAGUUUGUGGACUAUGCCAGUGAAAAACUGCAGCUCAUCGUCAGCUACACUGGAUCCAACUGCAGCCACCAAGUCCAGCAGGAGUUGGCAGGUGUGUUCGCUCAGCUCUGCCAGCAGGUAGAUGUCACUCGACAGAACCUUGAGGAUGAGAUCACUGACAUGAACAGCAAGAUCGAGCUGCUUGACGGCCUACAGAGCAAGGCUAAGCUGCUGCGGAACAAGGCGGGCUGGCUGGACAGCGAGCUCAACAUGUUCACCCAGCAGUACCUCCACCACAGCAAGUAACCCGCACACAGCAUCCACCUCAGAUACUAACAGCACUAGAGGAACAUCUGGCACACCUGCUGAAGCUUCCCCUCUACAUCAUACACUUCUGUAUUCUGAAGUUAACGAGAGGAAACACUCCAAUGUUGUGUACAGAAGAGGAGAAACAUAAGGGAAUAUCUGCUGUGAGUGGAAGCACUUACUGGGUGGCUGUCAUAUGGAGAUGUGGACCUGGGCUCAGGGUGGGAGACCUGUGGUCUACACAACAGAAAAGUUAAAAAAGAGAAAUAAAAGAUAAUAUAAAAAGAAUAAAAGAAAAUAAAUAAAAAAUAAAUCUGCUAUUAAAUUUAAGCGACAUGAAGUGAAGAGGUUUAACCACGCUCCUUGUUAUCCUUGUUCCUUCAAAUUCAGUUUGACUCCUGAUAAACUUGCACUGGCAUGUCAGAAACUCAACACUGUCCUUUAAAUCUGGUUCCAGUUAAUUCUGCCACAUGGGACUUGUGUAGACUUGAUUUUGUAUAUACAUUUUAAAGAAGGGACGUGUGCCGUGCAGCAGUAAACGGCAGUCCACAUGACGGAUUGGAAGAAAGUGUCUUAUGUCAGGCGGAUAAUGCAACAUAAUUUAUUCCUCCAGUUGUUUGUAAAAUGAAAUGUAGCCUUUUUUUUGCAAAUGAAGCUGUCAGAAAUGAUCAGCUGCCACUGAGAAAGAAAAUAUUAUAUUAACAUCGUGACAAUUUUCAAUCAAAGUAACAAGAAGGAAAAUGGCUUUCCACUCUGAAGUCUUCAUUCUAUGGGCACUAAGUAGAAGUGAUGUUAACUCUACACAGACAUCAGGAGGUUUCUGAGAUCACAUCCCUUCACCCUAUAUGUGCAUUUACUUCAUUGUUCCUUAGUUUUUGUGAGGAUUUAUUGUUUGGGUUGUGAAGUAACUGACUAGAUUUUAGCAUAUUAUAACUUAAAGGAGAAAAUGUUAAAUUCUUCCAUGUUAAUUUAAAGAGUAAGGAGGAUAUAGUGCAUUUUAAGGGACAAUAUUCAGCAUCAACACUGGAUCUCUGUGGCUCAGAGAAAUAAGAUGAUCAGGCUUUGGAUAUAUGUAGACAAAAUACUUCACACUACCUGAUUUUUCUUUCUUCACAUAUCUUGUGAACCCUCAUUCCCCCAAACCAAAAGUUAGAGAACACGGGGCCUCAUGCCUGAAUAUGUUCUUAUUUUUUCUCUUAUAUGUGUUCUUGCACACAGCAAUAAGAGGAAGAUCUUCUCACCCCGCUGAAAUUGUUGAUAAAUCCCAUUUGGUCUUUAAGAUUUGGAUUUAUAGAUUUGGAUGGGCAUGCCGGGAACCUUUUUCAUAGGAAAAAGCCCUAAUAGUGCCCUGGGGUGAGGGCUCACUAUGGUGCAUUGCAACAUUGUGCAGAACACCUUUUCAGGUGUGUAUAAAAGCUGGCCACUGCUGUGUCUAAUAUCUAUAUUUAGUUUAUUUACAGUGCACUUCACCAGUGUGUGCACGCCAGUUUCUAGUUUUCACCUAAAAUAAAAGUUGGGUUUAUAUUGAAAGGUAAUACUGCAGGCUUAAUUUAGUUGUCAUUUGGCCUUCCACCUAAUCCUCUUUUAUAGGUGUAAACAUUUAAAAAUGUGAAAUACUUGGAGAAUUUCUCUUCUGUGUUUUCGGAAAAGUAAUUAAUAUUUCACAGCUUUAAAAUAAUGAAGAUGGCUUUUAUGUGGUCCGGGGGCACUGAUAAAUGUUGAUCUUACCUAAGAAGUACCUGGAAAUAUGCAAGUGUUGAUGAAUGCCACAAAAGUUCUUAAAUUGUGCUAAUGUACAAUUUAAGAUCAAAUCUGUGUGUUGACACGAUUCAUGCAUGAGGCCCAAUGUUGUUUAUGUGAGAUGUUAGCACUGUUAAUGGCUGCCUCAGUGUCUUGUGUCAUCGCUAAUCAGACCUUCUCUUUGUACAUAUUAACAUUUUUGUCUUUUUGUUACUGCAGAGCAUUUACCUGCUCUCUCUGCUUCUGUUAAUAUCAUACAUGGUUUCACUAACAGAAGGAGGAAUCUGAACUACAUGAUGCAGCAUGGAGGAGUGGCCAAAUCUAGCAGCAGCCCCGCUUUUGAAAUGGAAUUGUACUCUUGGGCUCUAAAAUGUGUAUAUAAUGUAAUUUAAUAAUUUGCCUUUCAAUUUGAAACGAUGGGGAAAUGCUGAAGGAGAGUGGAUGUGCCUGAGUUGGUCCAGGAUGUUACAGUCUUGCUGUAUUUAAAGCCAUACACUGUAUGUUGCCAAGUGAGCAGGAAGGCUGCUGUCCAAAACUUUGUUCAGAGGGAGAUAUGCACUUUAUAAUUGUGUUGCUUUUUGAAUCCUUUUUUUUUUUUUCAACAAUGUUUGUCUUUGUUUGUUUUCCCCCAAAUCCACUCAACACUCCACAGUAGUUGUGUUGGCUUCAGAGAGGUGAAAGUAUCUGCACGCAAUGGAUAUUUUAGUUUGUUGUCCGAUUAAAAUGUACAAAUCUAUGAAUAUAAAAUAAAGGUGAUGUAAAAGAACAAACAAACAAAACUCUGUCUGUUGAACAUUUUUGCAACAAAUUCUGACUAAACCUCCUCAGCGAGGGUGUGCAGGUGUUGACGGGUGUUAAGCUUUUAUUGUUCUGAAGCUUUCAACCCUCAUUGAGUUAAGUUUGCUCAGUUGUUGGGGUGCCCCGUGUCAUUUUUUUUUAAAAUGCAUGAGAAAUGAGUGAAAUAUAAGACAAUAAUAAGAAUAGAUUUUUGGCUCAGGCUGACUCGAGGCUGGAGAGGACAACCGACUGACCUUAGUGAAGCUUUCACCUGUCUAUUUCAUCAUCAUACUGAGGGGCCACCUUUCACCUACUCAUCAAUUCAUCCAGUCACCAUCUGAGCUGAAGAAUAGUUUAACAUCACUUCUAUUCUCUCUCUGUGCUGUUGUCCCUCUCCACCACUGCCCAUGCCAAGGUCCCAUCUAUUGGCCCAUGGGGGAUCUCUGAAUGGCUCCAGUGUUUCUCCUACAUUCUGAAUUAAGUGUGCCGCUGCUGAAAUUUCACAUGAUCAUUCAUUUUCAAUGCUAGCUAAACUAAUGAUUUCUACUAGCACUGUGUGAGCACAACAACACACAACGUUAAUUUUGACUUGUUUUGAGUCAUCAACAGGCGCAUCAAAUCCUGCCGGACCCUCUUAGGACAUCAGCGUAAAGUAACGUUCAAGCUUAUACACGGUCUAUAUAGUGAGUAGCGCAGGUAACGUAACGUAACAGCGUAGCUCCUGAGGGCAAUGAGCAGCAGUGUUGCCAACUGAGUUACUUUGUUGCUAGAUUUAGCGACUUUUCAGACUCCCUAGCGACA